CAUUGAUGUAUCAGCGCCAUUUUGGGAAGGAGACAGGCAAAAGCGGCAAAAAUUAAAAAAUAAGCGAGGAAUUUGCAAACACUUUAACAAGUUAAUGAGAUGGUCAGUGUGAAAAGGUUUAUACAUACAUAUCAGCGUCUUGACCUAGUGUUACGAAACAACAAAAAAGCGAAUGACAACUGCUUAAGGGGGCACGAGCGAGUAAGCUGUGACUGACUGAUUCUGCAAGCUACCUAAAAGCUAACGACGCUAGCUAACGUCAGCUUGUGUUUGUUGAACCACAUGAAGGAGUCACUAUCUGCAAUGUAGCUAACUAGCGAAGUUAUAGGAAGAGCUUUGACAUAAUUGAAAGGUAAGUAUUGCGGAAUGGCUCACUGAACGUAUCAAGAACAGGGAAUAGCAUUAGCUCGUUUGGCAAACUACCUGGUCAACUAGCUAAGUUAGCUAGCUGACAUUUCAAGAGUUGAGUGAGCUAGCUAGCUAGUAACAGCAGCUAACUUGUGUACGUUAGCUGGUGGUGUUUAAAAGGUAUUGACUGUAGAGUGAAUAACAUAGCCAUGUGACCAAAUCGCAAAUUUAACACAGGCUAUAGUCAAAUAUACUUUUAACUAACCCUUAGGUUUCCUCUCUUAUCUGUGAUAUAUUCUACACACUCAAUAUAAUGCCAACUAGGUCACGUUACGCUAGCUGUAACUGUCAAAGGUACAAGUACAGCUAACGUGACUUUCUAGCCUGCUAACUUUUGCCCUUAACUAGCAAUCAGCCUUAUGUAUCGUUUAACGCAGUCUUAGCAAACUAUAUUGCUUUCAUUCUUUCUCUUUUGGAAUACAGGUGAACACUGAACAGCCUCACUUUAUAGGAUAUCCCAAUCAUCAAAGAAGAGAGACGUGACUUUCUACUGUUGGCUCAACGUCCGAGUUGCAUUGAAUGGGAUAAACAGCAUCUGAACAUGUGGACUGGUUUUGUGGAAUUACAGAAUAACUAUUUCAUUUAGCAUUUUAUUUGAGACUUUGUGAUAUUAUGUGAACUUACAUAAGGCACUGACCGGAUUUAGUCUCCUCUUCCAAUUUUUCCAUGUUUCUCAAAAAAUGAAUCAUUAUUGAAAGUUACAGUUAGCUAGCUAACUUUACUUUUGGCAAUAUGUGAUCACACAAAAAUGUUAACGCCUGAUUUAAACAAAUAUGAGUUAAUGGUAUCUGGGCAGUUAAAACCCCAACAAAAUCACUGAAUCCUUCCUAAAGGGAUCUUAGUAAAUCCACCCCAAUGUCUCUUUUGUAAAAUUGGUUGAGAACUUCGUUGGAUUUCCUUCAACAUCUCUGAAGGACUUAAUCAUUCUGGGAACUGGAAUUACAUGGCAGAAAUGGAAAGUUAGUUGGGAAUAUCAACUUCAACAUUUUGUAAUUGACCCUAUCUGCACGAUACAUGUGGGGAGCAGACUAACUGGAUAACUAAUUGUGAGAACAAAAACACUGGGAGAAUUUUGGGAUUACAGCGCAGCAGACGCCUCUGCUCAGUCCUCCGUAGCUGGUUUGUAUGACUUUGAAUUUAUUGCACCCAAAUGUCUUGCAACAACAAGAAUGUCUUGAUAUUUGCAUUGUUAGACAUCAAGCCAAGGUAGUAAACAAUGUUGAUAUUUGUUUUUUCCUCUUUUGUCACCUAUCCAUCAACAUGUAGAAUUAGUAUUGUUGAUCGACUGCAGGUUUAACAUCUCAAAUGUUGUGCUUGUGAGCUAGUAAGCAAUUGGAAACAGUUAUGCAAUGCUCACAUAGGUCUGUAGUGAGAGGAACAAAAUGCUGCUGGUUGAAUCUCGACUGUGACCUCUUGUUAUCUGACUAGACGGUCGUGUUAAUAGUUCAAACACUGUCUGGCUGUUGAAAUCAAAUGCCGCCACAGACUUCCCAGUGUUUUGGAGGGAUUAAAAUGCCUCACAGUUGGAAGCAGUUAAUGAAUAUUUCUUAAUCUCACAUAGAGGUCCCUUCUAUGCUUUGGUCUCUUGUCACAAUGAUUAUGUUGAUCUGUGUGUGGCACUGGAUAAAAACCUAUUCUCAGUCUGGUCCACUGAGAUAAUGAAGGGCUCUUGACAAAUUUGAACAAAGCAUUGUUUUCCGAUAGCAGGAUGCAUCUCAUAUAGUAGACACGCAUGCCCAGAGGAAGAUAGUACAAGGUUCUUUCUCACACAACGUCCCAGGUGUAUGUUUGAAUUGUCAUUUUGACAGCCAGUAGUACAAGCCAUGCUUCCUUUUCUAGUAUUUGACGUUUCCAUUCACAACUGUGUAUUUGUGAGACUACUAACUGAUGACCAACCCUGAGAGAACCAUUUUGUUAACCUCCUGAUGUAACUAGGGUUGCUAAAUUCCCUGGUUUUCCAGAAAUCAUAUCCCGGUUGGAAGAUUCUAGAUUUCCUUCUUAUUCCCUCCUCAUUACAGAAAUCCUCCAACCGGGAUUUUGGGAAAACCAGGGAAUUUAUUGAAAGAACCUCGAUUUGUGCAACCCUAGACGUGACACUGUCAUGGUCCAUCCGAUCUUCAUCAGUCGGGCCCUGUGAUGAUGAAUAGCUCUCUGUUGCAUCAGCUUUAAACUUCCAUUGGACUCUUUCAUGUCAUGCAAGGGUUGGAUGCAACUCACUGCCACAUGAAUGUAAUAUCUGCUGUCUGCUAUGCCUAAUGGGAAGCUAAAGGGACUGGAGCAGGAAAAACUCCAUUCAGUCCCCUUGCAUUGUAUAGGUUGGUUUGUAGUUUGCCACUUGAAAGUGAAUUCAAUUGAGAAGUCGUUGGGCCUAAUGCCCAUAAACACACUGUCAUAAAUCCUGGAGUUGGCUCAGUUACUACAGUAUCUCUCUCAAAUUCCACAGUGCCUCUUUCUCACCCUCUCUUUAUCUCUCUCCUCUCUCUCUUAUUCAGGGGCUGGAGAAAUGAUGUGUUGAUGUCUUGCCCACCUCACUGGAGACGCAAACCUAAAUGGCGCAGCAUGACUUCACUCCAGCCUGGCUUAACUUUCCCACAGCACCCUCAUCAGCCAAGGUACCUUUGUGUUUGUACUUUCAGUGUGUUUGUGUGUAGCCCUUGUCCAGUCCUGUGUGUGUACAAGAUAUACUGCCUGUCCCCUUGUGAAGAAACACGUCUUCUGUUCAUGUCAGACACACACCGAACAUAACAUGUGAUGGUUGUUGUUCGGAGGAUUCGUUAGCCUGACAGUCUGUCCAUGUGUGUUAGCCCUCUCAGGUCUAUGACAAGUCUUUCCAGUCUCCUGCCAAAUGUCUGGACAACCACGGGGAUGUGAGUCGCAGACGCCACAACUCAUCAGACGACUCAGAGUCUGUCAACGGACGCACUGGGGGUACGGAACUGGGUUAGAACAUCUAUUAAUGUUAGUGAGAAUGAACAAAUCAAGAGCUGGUUUGACUCUGUGCCUCUCAGUUAACCGCUUGCUUGUCUGGCUGUCUACCCAUCUAACAAUCUAUUCUUCAUCUACCUAUCCAUCCAUGCGUCUGUCUCUGCGAUAGAGGGACUAGAUUCAGCCGUGGGACACUUUAUUAUUAUUAUUAUUUUCUUGAUUGGAUGGUCAGGGGGACGGAACAUAAUUAUAAAUCAUUUGUAGACUGUAAAUUGACCACAAGUAGCCCAAACAGAAAAUAUAUUUGACUGAAACAUAAUCAUUUCAAACCUUGCUUCCAUUUGUAUACGAUCACAUGUAUCUCUCUAUUAUGUGUCGGAAUAUUUUGGAACAGAUUUCAAAAAUUAAAAUCACUUGGAGCUGAUGAGAUGUUUUUAGUCUUUUGUGUCCAACAAUAAAAAAAUCACAGCCAGUUGGGGAACCCUGCUCUAUACUCUGUGGUAAAGUCAAGUUGUCUGUUUCACAGGAGGCUACUCCAGGAAAGAGAGGAACGGAUGGAGAGUCCGGAACGGCAGCGAGGGCUCCAGCUCCCGCGCUCCCCUCCAGCAAGGUGGACCCUCUCCUCGCUCCAAGAGCAAAGGCCAGCCGAAGGGCCAGCAAGGCCACAGGGACGACGGGGACAGACGCAAACAGUUUCAAGCGGAAGACUUUGUGAGUGGUGUAGUAAGGAAGCCCUAUGGAGCUGUGACCAUCCCUAGGCUUUUUUCUUAUGACCAUUCAAAUAAUCCUAAACAAAACCAGUUUGAAGUCAUCACACAAUCUCACGCAAAUACAAUCAGCCAUUACAUAUUGGUUUAGCUCACCCCCACUCCCCUUUAGGAAACACUCCUCAAUCUGUCUUCCCUAAAUUCCUCAUCUAGUAUUUAAUAUUAUGCUAGUGUCUUCCAAACAUAUGGAUAUGGAUUGGGAAUUUUGUCAUAUUGUUUAAAAAACUCUUUGUUUUUGCCACGUGUCAGAUUUAUCCUACACAACUUGCUUGUGUAGUAAGAUGCCUGCUGUUUUUCUUUCAGCCAUCACUCCAUCCUGAUGCGGACCGUGAGGUCAACCGUGACAAAGCUGUUGCCACUGGAGUAUGGGGUGAGCUCCCAAUCUAUUCUCUCCAUUCUCCAACUUCAUUAGACUUUUAUGCAGUUGUCUCCUUUGGUUGCCCUUUUGGAACAAAUAGGAUUAAUACAUAUUUAAAGCUACAAUAUGUAACUUUUUGUGCGACCCUGACUAAAUUCACAGAGAAAUGUAAGUUAUAGAUCUGUCAUUCUCAUUGAAAGUAAGUCUAAGAAGCGGUAGAUAUGUUCUAUGUGUGCAAUUUUUAUGCUCUCCAUUCUUAAGUUUUUUUGUUUUCGCGUAUUUUACUUUUGGUUUUGUACUCCAGCUGAAGAUACAAUAUUUUUGGUUAUUGAAGAGAGAUGUCACAGCGGUUUAAAUGGUAGAAUGAUUCUCUAAACUGCUUGUUUUGUCACACAAAAUGAACGAUUAGAAUUUUAGCAACCAGGAAAUGGCGGUGCGUUCUCUGCAUAUUGCGCCUUUUAAUUCAUCUAUUAUUAUGAUAACUGUACCUUUGUGGGUUUUUUUUAUAGUGAGGCUUUUACAUUUUGAGGCAAAUUGAAAAGCUGUGGUGUUUCAUCCUGCUCCGUCUGUUUAGAACACCCGCCCAACCCUCAAUCCAGGGCCUCUAAAAUGAUGGUAAUCAAACGCGUCUCCAGGGAGGAGCCCACACCAGCACAGACCUGCGCGUCCACGCCUCAACAACCACAAGCCCCUUCCCGCAACGGCACUGGCCCCUCCCUCUACAAGGGCCCCAUCCCCAAAUCUGUCAGUCUUCCAGUCAAGGUGAGAUUGUCAUGUCCUUGUCUCCUUUUGACUUUUCCUUCCUGAUCUGAAAGGCCAGGAUUGUAGACAGUGUGAAAGGUGUGCUUUCUUCUGUAUCCCUGUCAGCUAUUCAGUCCUGUCAGACCAGUUGCUGUUUCAUUCUCGGUUGGCUUUGUAAAAAGCACAUGCACGCAGUUUUUUAGUAUUGAUUGAAGAAACAAAUUAACCAAUGAUUGAUAUGCUCUUUUAAAAAAGAUAUACACUACCGUUAAAAAGUUUGGGGUCACUUAGAAAUGUCCUUGUUUUCCAUGAAAACAUACAUAAAUUGAGUUUGAAUAGGAAAUAUAGCAAAAUGCAUAGGAAAUGUAGUCAUUGACAAGGUUAGAAAUAAUGAUUUUGUUUUUAUUGAAAUAAUAAUUGUGUCCUUCAAAAUUUGCUUUCGUCAAAGAAUCUUCCAUUUGCAGCAAUUACAGCCUUGCAGACCUUUGGCAUUCUAGUUUAUUUAUUUAGUCAUUUUAGCAGACGCUCUUAUCCAGAGCGACUUACAGUUAGAGUGCAUACAUUUUUCAUACUGGCCCCCCGUGGGAAUCGAACCCACAACCCUGGCGUUGCAAACGCCAUGCUCUACCAACUGAGCUACACGGGGCCCUAGUUGUCAAUUUGUUGAGGUAAUCUGAAGAGAUUUCACCCCAUGCUUCCUGAAGCACCUCCCACAAGUUGGAUUGGCUUGAUGGGCACUUCUUACGUACCAUAUGGUCAAGCUGCUCCCACAACAGCUCAAUAGGGUUGAGAUCCGGUGACUGUGCUGGCCACUCCAUUAUAGACAGAAUACCAGCUGACUGCUUCUUCCCUAAAUAGUUAUUGCAUAGUUUGUAGCUGUGCUUUGGGUCAUUGUCCUGUUGUAGGAGGAAAUUGGCUCCAAUCAAGUGCCGUCCACAGGGUAUGGCAUGGCGUUGCAAAAUGGAGUGAUAGCCUUCCUUCUUCAAGAUCCCUUUUACCCUGUACAAAUCUCCCACUUUAUCACCACCAAAGCACCCCCAGACCAUCACAUUGCCUCCACCAUGCUUGACAGAUGGCAUCAAGCACUCCUCCAGCAUCUUUUCAUUUGGUCUGCGUCUCACAAAUGUUCUUCUUUGUGAUCCGAACACCUCAAACUUCGAUUCGUCUGUCUAUAACACUUUUUUCCAAUCUUCCUCUGUCUAGUGUCUGUUAUUUUGCCCAUCUUAAUCUUUUCUUUUUUUGGGCCAGUCUGAGAUAUGGCUUUUUCUUUGUAACUCUGCCUAGAAGGUCAGCAUCCUGGAGUCGCCUCUUCACUGUUGACGUUGAGACUGGUGUUUCGCAGGUACUAUUUAAUGAAGCUGCCAGUUGAGGACCUGUGAGGUGUCUGUUUCUCAAACUAGACACUCUAAUGUAUUUGUCCUCUUGCUCAGUUGUGCACCAGGGCCGCCCACUCCUCUUUCCAUUCUGGUUAGAGUCAGUUUGAGCUGUUCUGUGAAGGGAGUAGUACACAGCGUUGUACGAGAUCUUCAGUUUCUUGGCAAUUUCUCGCAUGGAAUAACCUUCAUUUCUACAACAAGAAUAGACUGAUGAGUUUCAGAAGAAAGUUAUUUGUUUCUGCUCAUUUUGAGCCUGUAAUCGAACCCACAAUUGCUGAUGCUCCAGAUACUCAACUAGUCUCAAGAAGGGCAGUUUUAUUGCUUCUUUAAUCAGCACAACAGUUUUCAGCUGUGCUAACAUAAUUGCAAAAGGGUUUUCUAAUUAUCAAUUAGCCUUUUAAAAUGAUAAACUUGGAUUAGCAAACACAACGUGCCAUUGGAACACAGGACUGAUGGUUGCUGAUAAUGGGCCUCUGUACGCCUAUGUAGAUGUUCCAUUAAAAAUCAGCCGUUUCCAUUUACAACAUUAACAAUGUCUACACUGUAUUUCUGAUCAAUUUGAUGUUAUUUUAAUGGACAAAAAAAUGAUUUUCUUUCGAAAACAAGGACAUUUCUAAGUUUUCCCAAACUUUUGAACGGUUAUAAUUAUAUGUGAAUGAAUGUUUGAUCUUUUGUUUUGUUUCUAUUGACUGACUUAUUGAUUGAUAUAGGCUAGAGGGAAGAAAUGAUCGUUAGGAAUGUACAUUGGAAUGAUUUACUAAUUGCUGUGUUUCCCAGGCGAGUCGCUCCAGCUCGUCGUCCCCGGUGGACAAGGGCAGUCAGCCGCGGCUCAUGAUGCGUCUGACACGCAUGACACGCUCAGACCGCAAGAGCACCUUCCUCAAAGCCCUCAAAAAGGACAUGGUGGACGAGGAGGACCUCCAUCACCACUGCAAGGUGUGUGUGUCACCCAGAGAGAAACUACUUUUCCCCCUCAAGAAAUGUACAGAAAAGUGUGUUUGAAGGUGUAUCAAACCAAAUUCACUGACAUUACAUUUACAUUUUAGUCAUUUAGCAGACGCUCUUAUCCAGAGCGACUUACAGUUAGCGCAUACAUUAUUUUAUCGAACCCACAACCCUGGCGUUGCAAACGCCAUGCUCUACCAACUGAGCUACAUCCCCUGCCGGCCAUUCCCUCCCCUACCCUGGACGACGCUGGGCCAAUUGUGUGCCGCCCCAUAGGUCUCCCGGUCGCGGCCGACCUACAACAGAGCCUGGAUUCGAACCAGGAUCUCUAGUGGCACAGCUAGCACUGCGAUGCAGUGCCUUAGACCACUGCGCCACUCGGGAGUACAUCACUUUGAAUAGCCAGCAUACAAGGAAGUAGUUGUUGGAACACUUCGUAACGCUGUCUUUCAUGCCUUUACACUUUCUUGACAACAGUCGCCCACCCAUCAUUCUAUCAUUUUUAAAUGGUUAUUUCAAUGAGAAGUUGUGUGAUAUGACACAGCCUUGACCUUCGCCCUCUCACCCCUCAGGAUGACGAUGGUUUCCAUCCACAGAACAGCAAUGUGGGCUGCGGGGACGAGAACCGUAACCGGUGCGAGCGAAGUGUCUCUCAGGAGAACGGCAACACGACCACACUAAGAAUGAGGCAGCAGGUGCUGCGUUCCUCCACCCUCCCCCAGCAGGAGGUGCUGUCCAGCUCUUUGGAGGCAGAGCAUAGGUAAACACUGGACGUUCUGACAACAGUUACACUUGGGUUAGUGCUAUCUGGAAUCCUUGGGACGUCCCUACCCUAAACCUUAACCCUAACCUUAAUCAUUUUAAAUUUCAAUAUCAAUGGGGUGACGUCAGAGUUGAACGUCCCAAUGAUACCGGUUAGCUCCUAUUUACUGUUAGGAGUUUGUGGAUCUGAAGCAACCAGAUAGAUGUUAUUAAAGGGAUAGUUCACUUAAAUUACAAAAUUACAUUGGUUUCCUUACCCUAUAAGCAGUCAAUGGACAAUGUAUGACAGCAAGCCAUUGUUUGGUUUAGUUUCCCUAGCACUGUUUCCACAUGCUAAGGUUUUAACAUUUGUGGCACAAACCCUGUUCAAGUCAUGGGACCGAUAUUAGCAUUACGUCCAAAUCAUCUGAAAGUAUCUCAGAUUUUGAAGCUCAGUAAAUUCACUUGUUGCACACAUGCAUCACACAUCACACAUAUCCGGUCCCUUCAGAUCUGCAAAUACUGAAUUGGUUGGGGCAAGUAGGCAGGGCCUAAAAUUAACACCCGCCAAGUGCGGGUAGAUUUUGGCAUUGGAUGGUAAAAUGUCUAUUUCACCAGCCUCGUUGGCAGGUGGACAGGGCUCCACAGUACGAGCAUUUAACUCGCAUUUGUGAAGAAAAAUAGUGAAGUAUGAUCUAAUUUCUAUUAAAACAACUGCUUCAGUAGCUGUUUUCAAAGUAUUUCUGCCAUUUUGUUUCACAGCUGGUAAAUGAAUCGCACAAAGUCAUAGAACUAUGAAUCCUAUAGCCUAUCUCACCUCGCGCAGCAACACUGCCUGGCUGUGCGCACAUGAAGUGCUGAGUGAAAGAUACAUUUUUAGACGCGCUGUGCACAGGCAUAAGUUGGUCUAAUUUACUUGAACCGAAAGUCUACUGAGACUUUGUCCUUGUUUCUUGGCUAUUUAAAUUGUUUUGUUCACAAGCUAGGUUGUUUUUCAAUGUUUGAGUUUCAACUGUUAGGGGAGAGAAGACAACGUGGCUACUAGUUAGUCUCUCUGUCUCAGGCACCAAACAUGACUCCAGUCACAUUACCACGGUAACCUCCUGCCCUUAACCCUCCCGUUGUCCUAGGGUCAAAAUGACCCGCCACUGUGUUGAACCAACUUUAUUUAAUUUUUAUAUUUUUGGGAUCAUUUGUGAGAAGGAGGCAGUGAGACUUUAAAGAUAGUAUCACUGCCUCCUUCUCACAAAUGAUCCAAAAAAUAUAAAAAUUAAAUAAAGUUCGUUCAACACAGUGGCGGGUCAUUUUGACCCUAGGACAACGGGAGGGUUAAAGGGGCAGGUAAAAAUGUUUCUCAUCUGUUUCUCAUUUUGGUUUAAAAAAUAAUAAUUUAAAUUAAACAAUAUACCACGUUACUUCUUACUAGUAAUACAUUUUAUUGUUUUAGAAACAUUACAAAGCAUGCUUAUCUGUUGUUUUUUUUUCUGUUUUGUUGGUGUAAUUCUGGCAACAACAAAAACUUUUGCUUGGUCAAAUAUCUGAGUGGCUGGUAGAUUUGUAAAAUCUUCCUACCACAGUGGCUGGUAGACAAAAAAAAGUUUUAGGCCCUGCUAGUAGUGUUGUUGUGGAGGAGCAACAGAGCAAGUGGGUGUGGUGAAAUGUGUUUCUCUUUUGUCUGGCUUAUAAUUGUAGAGGCACAAUUGAUAGAAAUCCUAAAAGUGAAUCUCAUCCCUCCCCAGGUUAUUGAAAGAGAUGGGUUGGCAGGAGGAAAGUGAAAACGACGAGACGUGUGCCCCUCUGACAGAGGAUGAGAUGAAGGAGUUCCAGGCCAUCAGUGAACAGGUAGUUACUCAUCCACCCAUUCAUACUGCAGUAUUCUCUACUCCCUUCAUACUGCAGUAUUCUCUACUCCCUUCAUAGAGCGGUAUUCUCUACUCCCUUUAUAGAGCGGUAUUCUCCACUCCCUUCAUAGAGCGGUAUUCUCUACUCCCGUCAUAGUACUGUUCUAUUACGACGCCUGUGUUCCUGAACUCCAGUCUGUCAUAAAACACUCAUUACUCUGUCACGUGUGACGUGCCCUUGUCAAACAAAUCAUUAUAGUUUACAAUAACCAUAAUUACAUUUCUAGAAAUUCACUGCCUUUCAAGCCUAGUUGCCUAAACUGUCACUAACACCCACACAUUUACACCAACACACUCACUCACAACACACACACACACUCACACUCACCACCACACACACUCACCACUCAUGUUGCUGCCGUACUGUUUACUAUUAUUAUUAUUUAUCCUGCUACCAGUCACUUUCUCCUAAUCCCUACCUACAUGUACACAUCUACCUCAAUACUCCAGUAUCCCUGCACAUUAGAAAUUGGGUAUUGGCAAUGACCCUGUAUAUAGCUUCCUCUCUUAUUUCUCAUGUUUUCUUUCUUUAUAUAUACUAUAUACAGUACCUGUCAAAAGUUUGGACACACCUACUCAUUCAAGGGUUUUUCUUUAUUUUUACUAUUUUUUACAUUGGUAAAUAAUAGUGAACACAUCAAAACUAUGAAAUAACACAUAUGGAAUCAUGUGGUAACCCAAAAAGUGUUAAACAAAUUUAUAUUUGAGAUUCUUCAAAUAACCACCCUUUGCCUUAAUGACAGCUUUGCACACUCUUGGCAUUCUCUCAACCAGCUUCACCUGGAAUGCUUUUCCAACAGUCUUGAAGGAGUUCCCACAUGUGCGGAGCACUUGUUGGCUGCUUUUCCUUCACUCUGCCGUCCGACUCAUCCCAAACCAUCUCAAUUGGGUUGAGAUCGGGGGAUUGUGGAGGUCAGGUCAUCUGAUGCAUCACUCUCCUUCUUGGUAAAAUAGCCCUUACACAGCCUGGAGGUGUGUUGGGUCAUUGUCCUGUUGAAAAACAAAUGAUAGUCCCACUAAGCCCAAACCAGAUGGGAUGGCGUAUCACUGCAGAAUGCUGUGGUAGCCAUUCUGGUUAAGUGUGCCUUGAAUUCUAAAUAAAUCACAGUGGGUCACCAGCAAAGCACCCCCACACCAUAACACCACCACCUCCAUGCUUUACGGUGGGAACUACACAUACAGAGAUCAUCCAUUCACCCACACCGCGUCUCAAAAAGACACAGCGGUUUGAACCAAAAAUCUCCAAAUUGGACUCAAUGUCCAUUGCUCGUGUUUCUUGGCCCAAGCAGGUCUCUUCUUAUUAUUGGUGUCCGUUUAGUAGUGGUUUCUUUGCAGCAAUUCGACCAUGAAGGCCUGAUUCAUACAGGCCCUUCUGAACAGUUGAUGUUGAGAUGUGUCUGUUACUUGACCUCUGAAGCAUUUAUUUGGGCUUCAAUUUCUGAGGCUGGUAACUCUAAUGAACUUAUCCUCUGCAGCAGAGGUAACUUUGGGUCUUCCAUUCCUGUGGCGGUCCUCAUGAGAGCCAGUUUCAUCAUAGAGCUUGAUGGUUUUUGCGACUGCACUUGAAGAAACUUUCAAAGUUCUUGAAACUUUCCCUAUAUUCUGACCUUCAUGUCAUAAAGUAAUGAUAGACUGUUGUUUCUCUUUGCUUAUUUGAGCUGUUCUUGCCAUAAAAUGGACUUGGUCUUUUAGCCCUAUUGGUAUCUUCUAUAUACCCCCCUCCCUACCUUGUCACAAAACAACUGAUUGGCUCAAAUGCAUUAAGGAGGAAAGAAAUUACACUAAUUAACUUUUAAGAAGGCACACCUGUUAAUUGAAAUGCAUUCCAGGUGACUACCUCAUGAAGCUGGUUGAGAGAAUGCCAAGAGUGUGCAAAGCUGUCAUCAAGGCAAAGGGUGGCUAUUUAAAUAAUCUUUGUUUAACACUUUUUUUGGUUACUACAUGAUUCCAUAUCUGUUAUUUCAUAGUUUCAUUUUUCAUUCAAAAAAAAAAAAAAUAUAUAUAUAUAGUUUCGAUGUCUUCACUAUUAUUCUACAAUGUAGAAAAUAAUAAAAAUAAAGAAAAACCCUUGAAUGAGUAGGUGUGUCCAAACUUUUGACUACUGUGUAUGUAUAUAUGUGUGUGUGUGUGUGUGUGUGUGUGUAUGUAUAUAUAUAUAUAUAUAUAUACACACACACACACACACACACACAUCUCAAUUAUAGUUAAAUUUUUUAUUAGUUAUACUAUUUUGAUAUCGAUUGCUGCACUGUAAUUGUGCAUGUGACAAUAACUUGAACUUAAUUUGUUCAUAUUUGUUCUCACUCCAGCUCUCUGUAGGCUUUUUGACAGCCAUUUCCAAGUUAAUUGCUUCUGAAAUCAGUCCCUCACCCCGCCCAAUUGUCUUCUUCCCUCUCCAGCUGCAGAAGAACGGUCUGAGGAGAAACAGCUUCCUGAAGAAUGGCCCUCCCAUCGACUCCCUGGCCGUGUGGAAGACCAGCAACCUCAAAAUGGCCACCGACACCACGGAGGAGACGGAGACCAGCAGCAGCGACACCUCGGACGACGAUGCCUAAAGCAGCCUUCAUCAAUAACCCACUUCACUACUAGCACACCUAACCCUCUCUCACGAGAGGAAAGAGACAUUCCCCCCCUGCAGCAGAGUUCAGACGUCCUCCCACCAUUUCACAGGCCCCCUUCAAGACAUGGACAGAUGUUCCGAAUGGACUUGAGAAAGAACACUGCUUUAUGGCUUUGUAGCAAGGCCCCUAUUUGUUGGGGCCGGGGGGGUGGAGAUUUCAAUGUUGGACUCAAUGUUUGUUCCAUCACUGAAAAGAUUGAUAAUACGUACCGUAUGAUGAAUGUGAAAAAAAGGUCCGUUCUGGAGGCUAUUGAAUAAAAUGAUUGCAAUUCAG